GCCGGGUACGACGAAAAGAGAGAGCGUUUAUUGUGUGUAUGAUUAUUUUAUUAACUCCCUUCCUUGUAAGAUUUAUUUUUAUUUUCAGUGCAUAAAAGCUAUUAUGUACUAUGUUGACUGGCCAAAGUACAAGACUCAUGACUGACUCACUGAUGUAAAGCAAUCGAGGGCUGUGUGCCUAGCACUCAGCAGAUUUAUUCACAAUAGCUAAAGUAUUAAGGCCUAUUUUUUGGGCCCUGACGUUCUUGAUAGACAAUACUAUCACUUCGUCACCUCAGCAAUACCGUACCUGACACAAUUUGCUCGGCACCAAUCUAGAAGAGCUGAAAAGCAGCAAUGAAUCAGGAUCAAUCAAAAAUUGGAAAACUCAUGAAUGACAAUGAGCAACUGCAGAUGGCUCUCUGCACUUUGGCUAACAAUAUUGGAUCAAGUGAUAUGUGUAUUCUAAGGUUAAUUCUUCUGGACAUUUUUAAUAUAGUUAAAACCAGCGCCCUCGAAUAUUUCACAGAGCUCCAAGAACGUGAAGAAAUAACUAUCAAAGAUGUUUCUAUAGUUUAUGAGAUUUUAUUGUUGAUGGGAAAAAGGAAAUUGUGGACCGAAUUUAGGAGAACAUUGGUUGAUGGUAGAGGAAAUGGACAUGAUCAUGCUUAUAAUGUCGAAAAAAAUUCAACCCAUUUCUCUGACUUUCGUCGGACUAUGAUUAAAAUUGGGAAGCAGUUUACGGGCAAACUUGAUUCGUUAUCAAUGAUGUAUACUGUUCCAGAUGAUAUCACCAGCAUUUGGAUGACACUGAUAUACCUUGAGGAUAAAAGAAAAGUGAACAGUGCAGAAGAAACAUCUUUGUUAAAGUUUAAAAAAAAACUUACGGUUGCUGGUAGUCCGCAGGCAGGAUGGACAAUUCAACAAUAUGUUGAAAGGAACUUUUCAUCUCAAAGUCAUGCAUCUGAAAGCAGAAAACCAAUAAAUGCAGAAAGAAUGGAAAGGAACUCCUCAUCUCAAACUAAAACAUCUGAACAGAUGCAUUCAGAACCUGAAAGCACAAAACCAAUACAUGCUAAAGAAAAAAUGGAAAGGAACUCCUCAUCUCAAACUAAAACAACUGAACAGAUGCAUUCAGAACCUGAAAGCACAAAACCAAUACAUGCUAAAGGAAAAAGGAGGUCGCUUGAAAUCAAUAAUCUGACAAUAGAAGUAAAGAAAAGACAACAAAGAGUUGAGGCAAUGGAAAAGAAAAUAAGGUCAUCAGCGGAAGAAUGCUGCAGAAUGAUUAAGGAGACUGGAGAACAGUUAAAAAAUAAGAUUGAUCUUUGUGUAAGUACACAAAUUGAUGAUCUUGAAAACAUGAAAGGUAAUAAACUCAAAAAGCUUGACCAGAUAGGCAUAAGCUUGAAAGUGUAUUCACAACAGAUUGAAGAAAUGAGAAAUGCAUUGGAGCACCAACUCCCUUCAUGUAACUCCUUAAACUUGGAGAAGGUUGAUAAAAGUCUUUGUGAAGUGUAUCCAGAGGUUCAUGGCUACUUUAACAUAAACAACAAAAACAUUUCAAAGGAUUCAAGCAAAUUUAAAGACAAUGUAUGCAAGUAUUAUGUUGAUUAUAAACCUGUAGAUCCUGAUAAAUGUUCUGUGAAUUUUCAUGAUCUAAACAAUAGAUGCUUUAAUAUUAAUGAAACCAUAAGAUUAGAAGUAGUAUUAAAAGAUUCACAAGACAAACCUGUUAGUGAAGAACAUGAGAGUGCUCCUGUAAAAGUUUGUGCUCAAUUGCAAGAAGACCUUGAAAAUUUAAAAUCCAAUUCAAAUUAUGAAUUUUCUAAAAUCCCAGGUCAAAAAUUUCCUACAUUUGAACUUAAGUUUACAAAUACAGGAUUGUGGAAACUCUCUGUAUUUGUGUGUGGUGAAAUGGUUCCCAAACCCAUCAAUUUAAAGAUUUUAUCUGAUGAAGGAUUGAAGAAAAUUAUUCCUCUGAAUACUAAGGAAUUUAGAGGUGGACCUAUUUUUGAUGUGUGCUUUACGUCAAAUGGGAAGUACCUUCUUGCUUGCAACUUCACAGAUACAAUCUUUUCAUUUGACUUAAAUGGUCUCCGUUUAUUUUCAGUUGGGGAGGAUAAAAAGAUUGCAAAUUUGUGUUCCAUUGAUGAUGGUCAUGUUUUUCUAACAUAAACUACAGAAAGGGAAAUAGUUGUUCUUGA